AUCUUUUAUUACGAAGAGUUUCAUUUUAGUUUCAUAAUUUUAUAGUUCUUGUCAAUUUUAUCAUGGUAUCAGAGCCGAAAUCCUAGAAAUAGAAUAGUUAGUCUUUAUUUUAGACAUGACAAAUUUGUUGCCAUUUUUCCGCCCUUGGAUAAUUGAUUCCGGAGCUUUCGAACACAUCACUUGUGACAAUACUAAUUCUGUCAAUGUCUCGAGUUCCACCUAUGAGCAACAAGUCAGAAUUCCUAAUGGUGAUUUAGUUCCAAUACAUGCCGUCAGUAGUUUGUAUUUACCGAAUGGGCUUUAUCUCCGCCAUGUUUUAUACAUCCCAAAAUUUCAGUGCAAUUUACUUUCGGCAAGUCGUCUUACAAAGGAUUUAAAUUGCACACUAGCAUUUUUUCAAGACUUUUGUGUUUUACAGGAUUUACCCUUGAAGAAAUCGAUUGGGGUGGGUCGGUUUCGUGAUGGUCUUUAUUACCUUGAUUUUCCAAGAGUUGAAGAGGUGGCAAUGUCAGUCUCCAUUAAUUCUGAUCUAUGGCAUCAACGUCUGGGACAUGCAUCUGAUGGGAGGUUACAUCAUACUACGUAUUACUUCUCUCAAAGGCUUUCGGGAAAGUAGUAAAUUUUGUGAUCCAUGCAUCCAAGCUAAACAAACUAGACUAUCAUUUCCUACAAGUAACAUUAAGACUACUCGCUGUUUUGAGUUGAUACAUUGUGACAUUUGGGGAGGCUAUAGGUGCAGUACAAUCUCCGGUGCAGUACUCAAUUUGAGCAAAAGGUCAAGCGUAUACGGGCUGAUAAUGGUUUGGAGUUUCAAACCAAUAUUUUAUUUGAUUAUUAUGGACGCACUGGAAUAUUAUUGGAGACAUCAUGUACAGAUACACCAAAACCAAAUGGAGUUGUUGAAUGUAAGCAUAGACAUAUUUUGGAAGUUGCUAGGGCACUUCGUUUCCAGUCUGGGUUGCCAAUUGAUUUUUGGGGAGAAUGUAUUAUAACUGUUGUUUACAUAAUUAAUAGGCUUCCC